AUGUCAAGGAAAUUUGAUUUUAAAGCAUUUGUUGAUCUUUCUGUAUUAGUGGGCACAGGUGUAUCGUUAUGGUAUCUUCUACGGCAAUUACGUAAUGAUGUUCAAGGAGGUCCUAUUGGGAGAUCGAAAGAAUCUAAAGAGAAAGAAAUUACUCAGUGGACCAAACUAACAGAGAGAAAUGCAGAACUUAUAGAUAUGGAGUUAAAUGCCUACGAACAAGCUAUCUUACCAUCUGUAGUCAUGCCGCAGGAUAUUGAUGUAUCGUUCAAUGAUGUUGGUGGGUUAGAGACAAUUAUUACAGAUUUGCAUGAAAGUGUGAUAUUCCCAUUAACAAUGCCAGAAGUUUAUACAAAUUCACCUUUAUUAAAAGCACCAAGUGGUGUCUUAUUAUACGGACCUCCAGGUUGUGGUAAGACUAUGUUAGCGAAGGCCUUAGCACAUGAAAGUGGUGCAAAUUUUAUAUCGAUUAGAAUGUCCACCAUUAUGGAUAAAUGGUAUGGUGAAUCCAAUAAGAUUGUUGAGGCUAUUUUUACUUUAGGAAAUAAGAUUCAGCCAUGUAUUAUAUUUAUCGAUGAGAUUGAUUCAUUCUUAAGAGAAAGAAGUCAAAGUGAUCAUGAAGUGACAGCCACGGUGAAGGCUGAAUUUAUGACUUUAUGGGAUGGACUGUUAGGGAACGGACGUGUAAUGAUUAUUGGGGCCACCAAUCGUUUAAAUGACAUAGAUAGCGCAUUCUUGAGAAGAAUGCCAAAACGAUUUGUAGUUUCACUACCUAACCUAGAACAAAGAAAGAAAAUUUUACAGGUACUAUUAAAGGAUACAGAGGUUGAUAGUGAAAAUUUCAGUAUUGAUGCAAUUGCAACGAAUGCAAAGGGUUUAUCAGGAUCUGAUCUGAAGGAAUUAUGUAGAGAAGCAGUAUUAAAUGCUGCCAAGGAAUAUAUAAGGAAAAAGAGAGAAUUAAUUGCAAGUGGGGGAAUUUCAGAUCAAGAUGAAUCAGAGGAAAAUAAAGUAGUGAUAAGGCCGUUGAGAUCAACUGAUUUUUCAGUCAUUAAGAAGGAUGCACGUAUGGAAGUUGGUUCACAUGGACUUGACUAA